CACCGCACCGAAAGAUCUUCGCUUUUCUUUGCAAGCAAGUCACGAAGGAACAGACCCGAUCCUCGAUCUUGCCGCGAGAUGCCCGUCUAUCUCAUCGUUUUUGCUCAGAGCCAUCCCGAUUUCCGAGUCCCAGAGCUCCAGUCUAUUGCCGAGCUCUUUGGUUUCUCGAUCGCCAUACCAGAGCAAUGCGAUACAUCACGACCUUUCCUGGUCAUCGAAAUCGACACAGAACAGCACGCGCGGAUGCUAGCCAGCCGAUGCAUCUUGAUCAAACACAUCUACGAGUUUUAUGCUCAAGGAUCGAGCUACGACGAAUUACACGCAGCUAAUAAGCGGAAUGGCGUACUAUGGGAGCGCUAUAAAGAGGACACAUCGUUCAAAUUCGUCGUCACCGGCUACAACCAUACCAUACCGGAUGCCCGACAGCGGAGCGUCAUGAAUGAUUUCAAGUACAUGGAAUUCAAGGGGACCAUCGACCUCAAGCACCCAGAACUCAUCCUAGGCUGCUUUGAAGAAUACGACACUCGCGAAACAUCGGGGCCUCCGGCUACCAGGGGCGAACGCGAUGGUCAAUUUCGCCAGGUGUACUUCGGGAGAUGGGUGGUGGAUGGAACAGCGCGGCCACUGGUGAAGACCUUUGAUGUAAAGAAGCGCCACUACUUUGGCAACACAAGCAUGGAGUCGGAGAUAUCGCUGAUCAUGGCGAACCAAGCGUUGGUGCGUUCAGCGAUGCAUGGAGAACUUGACGUCGAGAUCUUGCCCAGGCCGGACCGUCAAAGCUCGUGUACGACCCAUUCUGUGGCACUGGGAGCAUGGCAUAUGCAUGUACAGAGCGGACUUUAUGAUGGCUGGCUAACGAAGUCACAGCCCGCUGCGUAUUUCGGAGCACUGGUGUUCGGUUCUGACAUCGACGGCCGCCAGAUGAGAGGCAAGACUGGUCAAGGUGAACCUCCGGGUGUGAUCAAAGCCGCAAAGCAAUACGGAGUGGCUGACCAUAUCAUCGACCUCUGCACCUUCGAUGUGACUCGCAAUCCGUGGCGGUGCGGGGAUCUUUUCGAUACUAUCGUGACAGAUCCACCGUAUGGAGUGCGCGCUGGCGCCAAGAGAUUAGGCCGGAAGAAGGAGCUGAGUGAAGUCAAGAAAGCGAUGUGCCUGGCUGCUCGAGACCGAAGCAACGAUCAACCAUACAUCCCGCCAACAAAGCCUUAUGAGCUAUCGCACCUGGCAGUCGAUCUAGUCCUCUUGGCGCGUUAUCUGCUCAAACCAGGAGGGAGACUCGUGUUCUUCUUGCCGACCGUCAACGAGAACUACGAGGAAAUUGACGUCCAAUCCAUGUUAUGUGAAGGAAUGGAGCUCGUCGCCAAUUCGUUGCAAGACUUGGAUCGUGGGGGAGAAGGGCUGACCCUGGGCCAGCUUGUGACCGUUCGCAAAACUUCACACGCGACAUUCCCUCCGCCGACAUUGGCCGAAAGAACGGAUGACAGCGAGCACGUCCCCGCACACAAGAACUUUCGAGAACAAUAUUUCCGGGGUUUCAAGUAA